CCCAUUUUUCCUCUCCAUCCAGUAGUUCCUGAAACUUUGUUGAUCCCUGAAAAAUAUCGCGAUGGUCAUGGACAUUCUCGUCGCCGAUACCGUACCACUUUCCUCUGCGAAAGGCCUUGGGGUCGCCAAGCUCCUCCUCCUUCGGAGCUGUUGUUCCACCUGUAACCUCUCCGUAACGGAUUCGUACGCCGAACAAUCGUCUUCUUCUUCCCCACCAUCGUCCAGAUUUCUCCAGAUCUCGGCGUUGAUUUUGCCGGUGGACGCCCUUGCGCCUCCGCCGGUGAAACCCAAUACAUACAGAAUGCCUCGUCGGACCGUUAUCCGCAGAAAACGACGGGCGAAGCGUAGGUUGUCUGGUGGUGACUCGGGGGAUGCUGGAGAUGAGGGGUUCUUCUUUGGUGAUGGCGGCGAUCCUCCUUUUGGUGGCCGCAGUGGUUUUGGUGGUGGUGGGAGUUGGAAUUUUAAUCGAUUCGGAGAAGGGCAUAACUGGGAUGAUUCAUCGUCUUCGUAUUCGGACCCUGCGUUCGAUUUCGUUUAUCAGGUUCUCUCCUGGAUUAUGCUUUCCAAUUGUCUGCACUUUGCUUUCAAAAAGAUUGUUCGAGAUUUUACCGAUGGAAUUAUGGACGCCGAUAGAGAAAAAGUUCCCCGGAGGAUGGCGCCAAUUUGCUGAUUUGGUGCCUUUUAUUACAUGUAAAUCAAUGCUUACUGAUAGAAAUCGUAAUAAUUGGGGAUUACAUCUGCGUUUGGAUAGGAUUCUAGAUCUUCACUUUCGUUCCUGUAAAUGUUGUCUAUAACUUUCAUUUAAUCUAUGAUAUGGUCGUAGAUUCUUUGUUUUAAUAAGCUAUUGUGCGUAGUGUACUGCACUUAAUGCUCUUGUUACAGUUUGCUAGUUCAUUGCCGUUUAGUUCUACCUUUAAAUUAAAUGUUGCUUAUUACCCCCCAAAAUUACAGGGG